UUCGGAGCUGGCACACGCGGCUAGGGUGGGAGCGGCGUUCCGGGCUUGCCUGCAGGUCCCGUACAAAGAAACGUCCGGGCCGUCGGGAGCCCGCUCGGGGUACUCCGGGGAAGGGGUUCCGCGUAAUCCUGGCUUGGAGGUGACUUCGCUCUCCCGCUUUGCACGCCUCUCGGAGGCCACCGUCUUCACAGCUGAGGAAUAAGGACUUUGUUCUGGUCCUUCUGGUGUGGGAAUCCUUGGGCCUCUACUAUUGUGCGCUGUCUCUUGUGUUCUUCCAGACCUAGAAGGGCUGCACUUGUCUGGCUAGGGUGCAGCUCUGUUGGGUUGCCCCAUACUGCUCAGAACCCGGGCCCCACAGACCUCUACCCACACAGAUCCUCAUCCUGCCUCCUGGUCCUCUGACUUCACGCCUCACGCCCCACGCCCACACACCGCUUCCCCAGGUCUCUGACAGUUCGCAGAUGUUAACACAAUGAGCUUCGUGGCGUACGAGGAACUGAUCAAGGAAGGCGACACAGCCAUCCUGUCACUGGGCCAUGGCUCGAUGAUGGCAGUGCGUGUGCAGCGUGGGGCACAGACCCAGACCCGGCAUGGCGUCCUGCGCCACUCAGUGGACCUCAUCGGCCGCCCAUUUGGCUCCAAGGUGAUCUGCAGCAAAGGCGGCUGGGUGUAUGUGCUUCACCCCACUCCUGAGCUCUGGACAGUGAACCUGCCCCACCGCACACAGAUCCUCUACUCCACCGACAUUGCCUUACUCACUAUGAUGCUGGAGCUGCGACCCGGUUCUGUGGUCUGUGAAUCAGGCACAGGCAGUGGUUCUGUCUCCCAUGCCAUCAUCCGCAGCAUCGCCCCCACUGGCCACCUACACACAGUGGAGUUCCACCAGCAGCGGGCCGACAAGGCCCGGGAGGAGUUCCAGGAGCAUCGCGUGAGCCAGUGGGUGACUGUGCACACCCAGGAUGUGUGCCGCAGUGGCUUUGGUGUCAUCCAUGUGGCUGAUGCUGUCUUCUUGGAUAUCCCAUCACCCUGGGAAGCUGUGGGCCAUGCCUGGGAUGCCCUCAAGGUUGAAGGUGGGCGCUUCUGCUCCUUCUCUCCGUGCAUCGAGCAGGUGCAGCGCACGUGCCAGGCCCUGGCAGCCCGAGGCUUUGCUGAGCUCAGCACCCUGGAGGUGCUGCCGCAGGUCUACAGUGUGCGCACCAUCAGUCUGCCCUUGCCUGACCUGGGAGCCAGCAACUCGGAGGUCAGCGUGGGCCCCGACGCCAGCCCCUUCCGUAGUGGCACACCCAUGAAGGAGACUGUGGGCCACACUGGCUACCUGACUUUCGCCACCAAGACUCCAGGCUAGCAGGCCUGGGCAGGAAUACCACGAGCAAGCAAGGAGGCCAGAGGCUGCCUUAUAUGGUCAGCCACUGCCUGUGAGGCUUGUGUUUAGAAAUAGUUGGCAGGGUUGGGGGCAGGGGCCUCCUGGGUAGUUGAGGGGGAUGAGUAGGCUGGCCCUGUUCUGAGAGGGAAGCCUCCACCCCAUCACUGCUCCCCCCAGGCUCUGUCCUGGUUGCUCUUUGUUGUCGACAUGAAGUCCCCUCUGCCAGAGGCUCUCCUGGUUGCUGAAACCAGAUGGUACAAGCUGAGGGCAGAGGAAGCCCUGGGCACUGCUUGAAGCCUGAACUGACCUACAGAGACAGUAAACUGUCCCUUCCCUGGUAAAGGCUCCAAAAGCUGUGGUUGAGCUAACCCAGAAAGCCUAGCCCUGCCCUUAUCUCCUCUGUAUCCCUGGGGCUGGAGCCAGGCUGGCCUGGGGAUCCAAGGAGGUGACCCCAUAGUCUUGAGUGCUGCAUGGGCCAUGUGUGAGCACACUUGUGCCCAGGACCCCUGAUGUGCUGUUCUCUGAGACUAGGCUCGUCCUGUGCAAAGGAAGUCCAGUAGGCGGGUCCUCGCCUCCAGUGAUCUCUCAAGCCCAUGUUGGAGCUAGGGUCAGAGAGGGGCCAUGAAAGAGGUGGCGCAUGGCCUAGGAGCUCUGGCUAUGGCCCUGAUGCACAUGUCGUCACCUUGGGUCUGGUGUGGGGCUGCCCUGCAUCUGCCGCUGAUGCAUGGAACCAGCCAUUGGGAGAAUUGUUUGUGUCCUGUUGGUCCCUGAGUGUACCUAGUGGAGCAAUAAAUGUUCUGUCUUAC